GACAGCUGGCCAAUCACAGCGGCCGCGUCGGGCUGGGAACUAUUCAACAUGGAGACAACAGUUGAAAAGCUCGAAGCGAUGUUCCAGAAGUCCGAGGCGGACCUGGAAUACAUCGAGAGGCGGCUGAAGCUGGACUUCAUCAAAGACACAACAGAGAAUGGAUGUCCCGCUGAGGAAAACCCGGCUGUGAUGCUGGAGAAUCUGAGGGCCAUCAAGGCCAAGCACGCGUCGCUGUGCUCACAGGUGAAGGAGAUCGCGGCGGCGCAGAAAGAGUCCAUGGACUCCAUCAGAAACAACCUCGGCAGCGCCAUGGAGAUGGUGCAGCAAUUCCAGCAGACUACUGACGUGGAGGUUCAGCCACUAACGGAGUCAGAGCGGGAGUCAGCAGAGCUCCUGGGUUCAGCUGUCAGUGAGACCAUAACGGAGGUUCCUCCUCCUGUAGCAGCAUCUGGACACCAGCAGCCAUUGAGCUGUGAGUAUGAGGAGCUGAGCGACGCCAUGUUGGAGGCGGUUCCUCUCAGCAUACGCGCCAACAUCAAGCUGGCUGACCUCAAUGUGUUCUACCAGCAGCUGCAGCAGCACCUCGGCAAAGACGGCGGCUCCGUCAGCGUGCAGAAGAUGAAGCAGAUGAAGAUGAAGGUGAGCGACGCAAAGCUGAAGGUCCUGCAGCACCUCUCGUUGGUGGAGUUGGACAGGAAGGGCCACGUUCGUCUUGUCGUCUGAGGGGAAACACAAGACGGAGGCCUUUGUGGUGGGUCGGCGUAGUCGCCGGGCGUGACUGCUCCCACCUGGAGUGUGGAGGAUGAGCUCGCUGAAGGAUCGCCCUUUUUAUUAAGUGACGUCUUCUUUUCUCCCACAUAACUCUAGAACCAAGUCAAAGGAUUUGAGCUGUGAUAAAUGCAUGGACGUCUUGUUCUUGAUAAAUGUCUUCACAUCUCUGCAUAUGAGGGAUUUUGUUAUUCCUGUACUAUACAGCAGUCUGAUUGUAUCAAUCAGUCAAAGGUUCUGUGACAAAGAGGAACCCAAAUGAACAAUAUUACACCUUCACAUCUAUGGACCAUUCUGUGUUCAGGUCAGGAGACUGAAAUGCAGAAUUACAGAAAGAAAGAAUUAAAGAUUAAACAUAAUAUUUCCUCUGUGGAGAGGGCAGGUAGGGCUGGAAGCCUUUGGGCUGUCGGAGGUUCUUUAAGUGGACAGUUUUAAAACCAGAUGUUGUCUUUGUAUAUUAAUUAAAUAAUAAUACAUUUCACGAAACAGCAAAAUGUAAAAUAAAUAAUGUUGUAA